AUGGGCUCGCGCAAAGAAUACUACUCCAUCAAUACCAUUAACGCUCAAUUCAUCAUUAGUUAUAAUACAGAUCACCUGUCUAUCGCUACCGAUCAACAACCAACGAUGGGGCACUUCGACGUUCUCUCGAAGCUUGCAUUUCACCUCAAAUCAGUAUUGAUCAAGUCGCAGUCGAUGGUCGAUGGCGACCUCGAUCAGGAGCUAUAUCUCAGCGUGCCAACCCGCAACCUGAAAGACGCAGGGUUGUCUCAGCACCUCAUCUUACGCGACGGCCGCUUCCUUAGGAUGAAAUGCGUCACUGAUGUCACUGCGCCAGACGAGCGUCAAGCGAAAUGCGAGAGGACUGGAUGCGAUGAGAUAUGGGAUCCAGAGCUAUGGAGGCAGCUUGAGUCUAAUUGGGGCAUCCAUUGGAAAUGUGAGGAGUUGCAUCAAUCUCAUCAACAAAAAGAUGGAAGCCGGUGGAGUCCAUUCUUGGCCAUGAUGUUGACAUGCCGGGAGCUAUAUAUCGAAGCCCGCGCCUCUAUCUACAGCAGCGUCACGUUUUGUACACGCGACCUUGACACCAUCCACUCACUAGCAGUUUCCUGUCCAAAUCCCAUCUUCAACAAUAUUCAACACUUACAGGUUACGGUCCGCCUUCGUCUGCCGGGCUUUGAUGGACCUAAUUAUGCAAAGAAAUCAGUUAUGCUUCCGUGGCAUCGGUGCUGCAAGGCUCUAGAGCGUGCAGAGAACCUCGAAUCAGUAUAUCUAUGGCUCGACGCUAAACCACGAUCUCGCUUGUACAUGUACAAGGCAUCUGAAAAGAAUAUUAGAUGUUACGAUUUUGGUAGGAAGCUGGCUGCGAAAUUGACAGUCAAUGCGCCCUUCAAUCCAAAUAGACCUGAGGGGUGGGACACAGUUGCACAGUUGAAACCCCGGUUCACUAUCCAUGCUCGCGGAUGGGCAGAGUACAGAGCAAGCCAUGAUGCCUCUAUAGGCGUAGUUGGGAAUUUGGAAGGAAGUAGUUAA